CCUCCACACGAGACUCCAGCGAUGUGAUAAAUACUGCACCUCUGAUAUCUGGCCAUAUUGCAUCAAUAUUACAGGAUUAAACGGUCGAGACGUUUGGUCUGGAGUUUACAGCAUUUUCAUGAUGCAGUUCUCGGAUUUGUGGACCACAUUCGUCCUCUCUAAGGAUUUUUACCUGACUUGAGAAACCUUUCUUAAAUGACAUCAUACAUCAAAUUGACAUCAUACUAAGAGGAGAACUGGAUACCCAAGCUUCCCAGGUCCAGCAGCACCCCUCUGUGGCCUUUGGUGGGCUGCACGUUGGAUUUAAAACCAACCAAGCCAGUUUGAACCAUGGAUGACCUAAUCGCCAGACACUACAACUUCACUGGGAAAUUUCGCAAGGUCGAGAAAGACCCGGGACUCAGAGCGGACUCUGUCGUGUUCAUCAUUGUGUGCUGCUUUAUAAUCCUGGAAAACGUUCUGGUUCUACUUACCAUCUGGAGGACCAAGAAGUUCCACAAGCCCAUGUACUACUUCAUCGGGAACUUGGCCCUGUCAGACUUGCUGGCCGGGGUGGUGUACACCGCAAACAUCUUGCUGUCGGGAGCCAACACGUACAGGUUGACCCCGACGCAGUGGUUCUUCAGGGAAGGGAGUAUGUUUGUGGCUCUGGCUGCUUCGGUGUUCAGUCUCUUGGCCAUUGCUAUCGAGCGACACCUGACCAUGCUCAAGAUGAAGCUCCACAACAAUGGUAAGACAUGCCGGGUCUUCAUGAUCAUCAGCACUGUGUGGUUCAUCGCUGCCAUCUUGGGCGGUUUACCAAUCAUGGGAUGGAACUGCAUCGAGAGGAUGAACAACUGCUCCACAGUUUUGCCACUCUACCACAAGACCUACAUCCUCUUCUGCACCACCGUAUUCAGCGUCAUCCUCAUGGCCAUUGUCGUCCUGUACGCCCGCAUCUAUGCCCUGGUGCGCACACGGAGCCGCAAGCUUGUCUUCCGCAAGGUCUCCAAUGGCCGCUGCAGCAACAAGAGUUCGGAGAAGUCCAUGGCCCUCUUGAAGACCGUCAUCAUCGUGUUGAGCUGCUUCAUCGCGUGUUGGGCGCCGCUCUUCAUCCUGCUUCUCCUCGAUGUGGCCUGCCAGAUCCGCACUUGCCCGAUCCUCUACAAGGCCGAGUGGUUCCUCGCUCUGGCCGUGCUCAACUCCGCCAUGAACCCUCUGAUCUACACCCUGACCAGCAACGAGAUGCGCCGGGCCUUCAUCAAGAUGCUCAACUGCGGCGUCUGCGACCAAGCGGCGGGAAAGUUCUCCAGGCCCAUCGUGGGCGCCGAGUUCAGCAGGAGCAAGUCGGACAACUCCUCCCACCCCAAUAAGGACGAGCCCGAAUACUCGCCCAGGGAAACCGUAGUGUCUUCUGGGAACAUCACCUCUUCUUCUUAAAGGGACUUUUUGUGUACAUUUCCGUCUUGAGUGUGUGUGCGAGUGAGUGUGUUUGUGUGGCGUCCUCGUUGUUUGUGAUCCUUAACGGUAGCAGAAGGCUGGGAGAAACCAGGAUUUGGCAUGCGCUUACAUUAAAGACUUCGUCUUCUGCUAUUCCUGACAGAUCGCCAGAAUGUUUCUGCAACUUAUGGAAGCACUUAACCAACCAUUAUUCCGAGUUUUUUUUUAUCCCCGUCAAAUGGAUACCUGUAGACAAGCACUUUUCAGGGA